AUGAUGAUGAAGGCUACAAUCUUUCUGGGAUACCUCCUGGGCCUGUCAUUGACUGUUCCUGCUGAUGUGGAUCAUUUGAGAGUUGCACGUUCCAGCUCUGACUCCAACUCUAACUCAAACUCCAAGGAGCCCCAACCCCUGAACCAGCCCCAACCCCGGCACCAGCCCCAACCCCUGAACCAGCCCCAGCACCUGCCUCAACCCCUGAACCAGCCCCAGAACCUGCCUCAACCCCAGUACCAGCCCCAGCACCUGUCCCAACCCCUGAACCAGCCCCAGCACCUGCCUCAACCCCUGAACCAGACCCAGCACCUGCCUCAACCCCUGAACCAGCCUCAACCCCUGAACCAGCCCCAACCCCGGCACCAGCCCCAACCCCUGAAACAGCCCCAGCACCUGCCUCAACCCCUGAACCAGCCCCAGCACCUGCCUCAACCCCUGAACCAGCCCCAGCACCUGCCCCAACCCCUGAACCAGCCCCAGCACCUGCCCCAACCCCUGAACCAGCCACUGCACCUGCCUCAACCCCUGAACCAGCCACAGCACCUGCCUCAACCCCUGAACCAGCCCCAGCACCUGCCCCAACCCCUGAACCAGUCUCAGCACUUGCCUCAACCCCAGCACCAGCCCCAGCACCUGCCCCAACCCCUGAACCAGCCUCAGCACCUGCCUCAACCCCUGAACCAGCCCCAGCACCUGCCUCAACACCAGCACCAGCCCCAGCACCUGCCCCAACCCCUGAACCAGCCCCAGCAACUGCCUCAACCCCUGAACCAGACCCAGCACCUGUCUCAACCCCUGAACCAGCCCCAACACCUGCCUCAACCCCUGCACCAGCCCCAACCCCUGAACCAGCCCCAGCAACUGCCUCAACCCCUGAACCAGACCCAGCACCUGUCUCAACCCCUGAACCAGCCCCAGCACCUGCCUCAACCCCUGCACCAGCCCCAACCCCUGAACCAGCCCCUGCACCUGCCUCAACCCCUGCACCAGCCCCAACCCCUGAACCAGCCCCUGCACCUGCCUCAACCCCUGAACCAGCCCCAGCACCUGAACCAGCCCCUGCACCUGCCUCAACCCCUGAACCAGCCCCAACCCCUGAACCAGCCCCUGCACCUGCCUCAACCCCUGCACCAGCCCCAACCCCUGAACCAGCCCCUGCACCUGCCUCAACCCCUGAACCAGCCCCAGCACCUGCCUCAAACCCUGAACCAGCCCCAGCACCUGCCUCAACCCCUGAACCAGCCCCAGCACCUGCCUCAACCCCUGAACCAGCCACAGCACCUGCCUCAACCCCUGAACCAGCCCCAGCACCCGCCACAACCCCUGAACCAGCCCCAGAACCUGCCUCAACCCCAGUACCAGCCCCAGCACCUGUCCCAACCCCUGAACCAUCCCCAGCACCUGCCUCAACCCCUGAACCAGACCCAGCACCUGCCUCAACCCCUGAACCAGCCCCAAACCCUGAACCAGCCCCAACCCCGGCACCAGCCCCAACCCCUGAACCAGCUACAGCACCUGCCUCAACCCCUGAACCAGCCCCAGCACCUGCCUCAACCCCUGAACCAGCCCCAGCACCUGCCCCAACCCCUGAACCAGCCCCAGCACCUGCCCCAACCCCUGAACCAGCCCCAGCACCUGCCUCAACCCCUGAACCAGCCCCAGCACCUGCCUCAACCCCUGAACCAGCCACAGCACCUGCCUCAACCCCUGAACCAGCCCCAGCACCUGCCCCAACCCCUGAACCAGUCCCAGCACCUGCGUCAACCCCAGCACCAGCCCCAGCACCUGCCCCAACCCCUGAACCAGCCCCAGCAACUGCCUCAACCCCUGAACCAGACCCAGCACCUGUCUCAACCCCUGAACCAGCCCCAGCACCUGCCUCAACCCCUGCACCAGCCCCAACCCCUGAACCAGCCCCUGCACCUGCCUCAACCCCUGCACCAGCCCCAACCCCUGAACCAGCCCAGGCACCUGCCUCAACCCCUGCACCAGCCCCAACCCCUGAACCAGCCCAUGCACCUGUUGGGUUGA